UAUCACAAAAGCCGCCUCUUACGUCCCAAGAUAAUAAACUCUCUCAAAUCAAUAUAGUACGAAACCACAUUGUUUAUCUGGAUCGAAUACUUUCCGAUCCGAGCAUACCUGCCGAGCUGAGUUCCUCCCUCAGGGAACUUCACGGCAGUCUUUGGCUACAGGUGCCUACCAUGGAUCCAUAUUCGCUCUAUCAACUUCUAAUUCAACUUCAAAAACAGAUUGCCAGAUUUAAAGAGCUCAAAGACAUAAUCAAGCCGUCUGAUGCUCCUCACAUUGACUCAAAUCCGGCCAUCCCGCUGUUAAACUCUGCUACGCCCCAAUUCGAUGAUCCAACGUCAAGUCCGCAAAUGUCGGGAUAUUUUUUCCAAGCUAUGAAUGCACUUGAUAGACAACUCUCCACUUCACGACAUGUCACCAAAUCGAGUAGUGCGAAGCGACGAAUGGAUUCGCAACAAACGACACUUUUUGGCCACGUAAAAAGGCAAAAACCACACACUCACGAAAAUGACGAUAUAAUGGAGGAAGCGAUCGUGCUCUCGCUUAGUGAUCCUCUUUCAGGAAGGCGAAUGAAGACACCUUUACGAUCCAGGUAUUGUUCUCAUAUUGAAUGUUUCGAAUUGGAAAGUUUCAUGCAAAUGAAUAAUCUAGAGCCAUUCCCAGUUAGCGUGAGAAGAAAAUCCACAAAUAAAAUAGAUGCGAAUGAAAUUCUGAGUGAUACAAAAAGGCGGCCAUUGAAUCCGGAUCAACAUAACAGAAGAACAUUUGAGUUUCAAUACAAGGUUCAAUUACGCCAGAAUAAAGAUCAGAACAAACCUAAUAACAGUCUGGAAUUUUUUACUUGCCCGAUAUGCAAACUAGAGUUUAGCAUCCACGCCCCAGGAGAUUUGUAUAUAGUAGGGGAACUGCAGGCAAUUUUGGAACAGCUAGAGACGAGUUCUACAGUUGACCGGAUUCGGAUAUCUCAGGAUGGAAGCUGGUCAUUUGUUGAGGCUAAAAAGAAAGAGGACGCAAAGGAGUCAGAGAUAAUAGAAUUGGAGGAUCUAGACAGUUCCGAGGAAGAGCGUGAGAUUACGAAAAUCAAGUUGGAGCGCACUGCAAAAAAGGAGGCGUCUUUAUUUCCUGCACGGCGCUUUGAAGAUGAGGCAAUUCUGGAUGAUCUAUUCGAGCCAUCAGACAAAGAAAUUGAAGAUGAAAUUGACCGAAUAGUGGAUCAGGUAAUUUCGAAAGAUGGGUCUCGACAGUCAGAUUACAAUUCCUACCUCAAAACUUCGUCUUUGAAUGCAGGAAAGACACAAACAUCAGAGCCUGUCUUUUUUACGGGUAAUGGGGACGAAGAAGAUCCUUUCGUAAUUGAUUGAAGAACCAAUCAAUACAAAGAAAUCUGCAGACUUAAAUUCGCUAUCGGUUAAUAAUAGCGUGAAAUGUCAACCAUGUGUAUAAUAAACCUUUGUUAUAGUUAUUCG